GUAAUUAAAAUUUAUACAAAAUCCAACAGUGCUAGUUUUUAUUAAUUUUUUAGAAUAAUUUCUGUAAGAUAAUAAUAAUAAACAUAAUUAAUGACGUAUUUGUUUUUAUAUGCUUUUUACUGAACUUAAAAAUAAAUGGAUAUGUUGUUUAUAAGUUAACAAACUAAAGUCAUUUUUAUGAAAUCUCUUUUUAUGGUUAUCAUUAUAAAUUACGAUCUGUAUUGUAUUUAUUAUAUAUAUUAAACUUAUAUGAAUGAAAAUGUUUAGAAUAAUUUAGAAUUGUUCUAACAUAUUGUUAUUUAAUCAAGAGAAAAAUGAAUGACAAUGAAUCACUUAUUUAUUCAGGAAAUAGAUCUAAUAGAUUGUUUGGAAAUCCUCAAGUAUUAGAUAGAAAUUUAGAUAAUAUUAUUGUCAAUGAACAUAGCAACACUCCUUUAAAACCUCCAGAUAGAUACUAUUUAGGAUUCAUAAUAUUUUAUGUUCUUGGGACUUGUCUUUUAUUGCCAUGGUUUUUUUUUAUGACUGCACAUGAUUAUUGGAUGUAUAAAUUGAGAACUAUAUCAAAUAGCACUCAUUUUAGUUCAAUAAUUUGGCCAAAUGAUCCUCACCAUUCAUCAAGACUUCAAGCAAACUUUACAUCAUUUCUGACUAUAGCAGCAUCAAUCCCUAGUACUUUAGUUUUAUUUUCAAAUACUUAUUUGGCCAAAAAAAUUUCUAUUCAACUACGGAUGAUAAGUUCACUUUUAUUUAUGCUUUUCCUGUUUGCAUUCACAACAGUAUUUGUUAAUAUAAACACUGAUUCUUGGCAAGUUUUAUUUUUUUUAAUGACAAUCGGAGUUGUAGUUCUUCUUAAUAUUGGAAGUGCUAUAAUGCAAGGAGCUGUAUAUGGACUGGCUAGUUUUUUUGAAAGUAGUUAUAUGACUGCAACUAUAAGUGGCCAAGCUCUUGGUGGUGUUUUUGCUGCUAUAGCUCAAAUAUUGGCCUUGUGGUGGGGUGCUUCUCCUGUUCAUAGUGCAUUUGUAUAUUUUUUAUUUGCAGAUAUAUUUAUAUUGUUAUCAUUAGUUUUGUACACAGUUUUAGUUAAAUUGGAUGUUUAUAAAUAUUAUGUUCAUGAUAUGUCUGCUAGUUCUUGGAUUAGACAUACAUCCUCCAUUCAGUAUACAGCAAUUGAAUCAGAUUCAGAUACACCUGUUGACAGUAUUUGUAUAUUAAAGAAAAUAUGGAAAUUAGGCUUAAGCAAUUGGUAUUGUUACGUUGUCACUAUGUCCGUUUAUCCAGCAGUAACAGUAUUGAUAUCUUCAAGUGAAAAUAUACAUAAUUCUUGGACAGAUAAAUACUUUGUACCUGUAAUGGCUUACUUACUCUUCAGUGCAAUGGAUUUUGUUGGAAGACUUUUACCACAUUAUAUUAAAUUGAUGGAUAAUGUAGUUUGGCCAUCUUUAGUUAUAUCACUUUUGAGAACAGCCUUUAUACCAUUACUUUUGUUUUGUAAUGCCAAACCGCGCCAUCACAGUGAUGCUUUAAUACACAGUGACUAUGUAUAUGCAAUAAUUAUUAUCCUUUUUGGUUUGACUAAUGGAGUCAUAUCAACUAUUACUAUGACGUCAAUUCCUAAGUUUGUUGAAAAGCAUGAACAAGAAGUAGCCAGCUCCAUAAUGGUUACAUUUCUAGGUGUUGGUAUUGCUACUGGUUCAUUAGUUAGCUUCGGUAUGGUCAAUCUGUUAUAAGAUUUUAGAUAUAAAUAUUUCACUUAUAAAUUAUUAAUGCUCUCUAGACUAUUAUAUUACUUCCUAUUAAACUGUUAUCAAAUGUAUGUUUUAUUUUAAAUAUUAUUCAAAUGUAUUAUAACUUUUAUUUCUAUUAUGUAAAAUAUUAUCAAAAUUAAGAGUAAAUUUUCUUCAAAUUAACGUUAUACUAUUUAAGUUAUAUGUGAUUCUGUAUAAUUCAUCAACUAUUUAAAAUAUUAAUUAUAAAAAAAACAAUAAACAAUUACACAAUUAUUUUUUUUUA